AUGGAAACAAGGAAAGGAUUGGCCACCAAAUUGGUGCUUUACAGUGCUGGUGCUGUAGUUCUUGUGGUAUAUGGCAAGAAGCAUAUUGCUCGUCAUAAGGAGGAAAGAUAUUUGAAGGAAAACGACUUCAGCUUGGAGACCGAUGAUGAGUUCGUCGACAGUACCACAUUUAGAGGUUUUCCUACCAACAACCCAGGACUCAACUAUGAAGGCCAGGGACGUGAAUCCAAGUACAUCGGCAAUGGUCAGGCUUACUCUUCUCGUACUCCGGGCGACCGUUUGAGUGUAUGGAAUGUGUUCAAGCAGAAGAGCAGCGGCAAGGACGAGGAGAAGUAA